CAGGCCCCAUGUGAGCGGAUUGCAACACAUGCAGCUGCCUGGAGAGAGGGAGCCGGUGUUCUACGUCAGAGCCGCCGCCGCGGAGCCGCCGCCGGGGAGGAGCAGCCGCUGCCGCCCAGGACUGGGCCCUUAGGGAGGAGGAGGCGAGAAGAUGGCGGACGACCCCAGUGCUGCCGAUAGGAACGUGGAGAUCUGGAAGAUCAAGAAGCUCAUCAAGAGCUUGGAGGCGGCCCGCGGCAAUGGCACAAGCAUGAUAUCAUUGAUCAUUCCUCCCAAAGACCAGAUUUCACGAGUGGCAAAAAUGUUAGCAGAUGAGUUUGGAACUGCAUCUAACAUUAAGUCACGAGUAAACCGCCUUUCAGUCCUGGGAGCCAUUACAUCUGUACAACAAAGACUCAAACUUUAUAACAAAGUACCUCCAAAUGGCCUGGUUGUUUACUGUGGUACCAUUGUAACAGAAGAAGGAAAGGAAAAGAAAGUCAACAUUGACUUUGAACCUUUCAAACCAAUUAAUACGUCAUUGUAUUUGUGUGACAACAAAUUCCAUACAGAGGCUCUUACAGCACUACUUUCGGAUGACAGCAAGUUUGGCUUCAUUGUAAUAGAUGGUAGUGGUGCACUUUUUGGCACACUCCAAGGAAACACAAGAGAAGUCCUACACAAAUUCACUGUGGAUCUCCCAAAGAAACAUGGUAGAGGAGGUCAGUCAGCCUUGCGUUUUGCUCGUUUAAGAAUGGAAAAGCGACAUAACUAUGUUCGGAAAGUAGCUGAGACUGCUGUACAGCUCUUUAUUUCUGGGGACAAAGUGAAUGUGGCUGGUCUUGUUUUAGCUGGAUCAGCUGACUUUAAAACUGAACUAAGUCAAUCUGAUAUGUUUGAUCAGAGGUUGCAGUCAAAAGUUUUAAAAUUAGUUGAUAUAUCCUAUGGUGGUGAAAAUGGGUUCAACCAAGCUAUCGAGCUAUCUACUGAAGUCCUCUCCAACGUGAAAUUCAUUCAAGAGAAGAAAUUAAUAGGACGAUACUUCGAUGAAAUCAGUCAGGACACGGGCAAGUACUGUUUUGGAGUUGAAGAUACACUAAAGGCUUUAGAAAUGGGAGCUGUAGAGAUUCUAAUAGUCUAUGAAAAUCUGGAUAUAAUGAGAUAUGUUCUUCAUUGCCAAGGCACAGAAGAGGAGAAAAUUCUCUAUCUAACUCCAGAACAAGAGAAGGAUAAAUCUCAUUUCACAGACAAAGAGACAGGACAAGAACAUGAGCUGAUCGAAAGCAUGCCCCUGCUGGAAUGGUUUGCUAACAACUAUAAAAAAUUUGGAGCAACGUUGGAAAUCGUCACAGAUAAGUCACAAGAAGGAUCCCAGUUUGUGAAAGGAUUUGGUGGAAUUGGAGGUAUCUUGCGGUACCGAGUAGAUUUCCAGGGAAUGGAAUACCAAGGAGGAGAUGAUGAAUUUUUUGACCUUGAUGACUACUAGGUAGUCGACAUGGGUCCGGCAAAAUGUGCCUCACCCUCCAGCAUCCAACCCAAGGAGCAUACCCGUGGUGGAAUCCAAACAGAUCCCUGCCUUACAAUUGGAACAUUUCCAGAACUUAAUCCAUGAGCAUUGGAUAUUGAAAAGAAAACCGAAACAAAACCAGACCCAACCCUACACUUUGGUUUGUCAUGGUGUCAGUGCAGCAGCCUACAACUAAGUUCCUAAAAUGCCACUUUGGACUAAUUUAAAAAAGAAUCCCAGUUUUUACUUUUACUCGAUGGUGAAAUUGGUUGCUCUUGUAUUUUAUGAAAAAAAAAAAAAAAUGAUUUUUUUAACCUUCAUACAUAGAAUCAAAAAUACUUUAACUGCUGUAAACCUUCAAAAGUUAAUAGAAAUGAGAUCAUACUGGUUUGUUUCUUAUUUUGAUUGGAGAAAAAUUGCUGCAUUUCGCAGUGACCCAUUUACAUGGCAUUCUCAGCUUAGACUGCAUAAGAAGAAAUACAUGCGGUGAAAUGUUGGAA